UGAGACACAGGGCUGAUUAGAGGAGGUUGUAAAAAAUACUCAACUACCUCCACACCUUCCUGCAGCUGCCACAGCGAUCUGUUACAGUUCAAACAAAGCCAUGGACCCUGAGUACUUCCAAUCUUAUAAUAUGUGUUGGGGAACCCUUGGAACGGUGCGACCCUUCCCCAAUUUCCACCCUGACCGGGAUGUCAUGGAGAUCCAGGCAGCGCUGGAGAAGAAAGAUGCUGUGACUCUGGUGAGAAUCCUUACCAAUCGGACCAACGCUCAGAGACAAGUGAUCGCCGAUACCUAUGAAGAAAUUACCCAAAAGGACCUGGCAGUUGGGUUGAAGAAAGCUUUGUCUGGAGAGCUGGAGAUUCUGCUGCUGGAGCUGCUGAUGCCUCCUCUGCAGUAUGAGGCGUAUCGCCUGCAAAAGGCCAUGGCGGGUUUAGGAACGGAUGAGGAAACACUGAUGGAGAUCCUGUGUACACAAUCCGGAGAGAAGCUUCGAGAAAUCAGCGCUGUGUACAAACAAUUGUUCAAGAAUGACCUGGAGAAGGAUCUGAAAGGAGAAACCAGCGGAGACUUUGCUAAGCUUGUUGUGGCUUUGUUGAAUAAAGAAGAUGUUGCUGGUGGAGUUCAAAGAGAUAUUCAGUCUCUUUCUGCAACGCUGAAUGGGAAAAAAGCUGAAGCAGGACCGUGGAUUGACAUACUGACCUCUAGAGACUCAGACCAUCUUAACAAAGUGCUGGACAGACUGGAGCUGGAAAAGGGACAGGUGGAUCAGGCUCUGGAGGAAAAGUUUUCAGGAGACAUUCGACUGGGCUUGAAAGUUUUAGUGCAGUGCAUCAAAAACCCUGAGGUCUACCUCGCCAAAAGACUUGUUAACGUGAAGACCCCAAUACUGCAGGGGAUUAUGGUUUCUCACGCAGAGGAAGAUCUGCUGAGUAUCCGAGCUGCCUACCUCAAAUUAACAGGCACCUCUCUCUACACUGCUCUACAGAAACAAUACAAAGGAGACCAUCUGCAGGCUCUGCUGGCCAUCUGUCGAUCUGAAGAUUAAAAAAAAGCUAUACACAUAUUGAGUAGCUUCGUAUCUAUAUAGUUAUUCUUUUCCUUUGAAUCAGUCUGUUGUAAUAGAAAAAAUAACUUUAUAUUCUAUUGCUGCUUUUCAUAUUUUAUGGAAUCUCAUUUGAUUACAUGCUUUGCUUAUGCUUGUUUUAAUGAAUUAUACAAAUAUAUGCAACUAAAUGUAAAUAAAUAUAUAA